GGUCAUGUCAAGUGGGAACGACAAUAAACUCUAAGGUCGCUCCCGGAGUGCUAUUGAGGCGGGAAGAGAGGGAGAAGUGUCAUGGCUGCGCUGAGGCUGACUCGGGUAUUACGAGGCACUGCUGCAUAUGGUUGGAGAGCACAGUCUAGCCAUGCUACUUCACCGUCAGCAAAAAUCAAAUCUGCAGCUGGAUUUAGCUUUGAACUGACUGAAGAACAAAAAGAAUUUCAAGCUACAGCUCGUAAAUUUGCUAGAGAGGAAAUCUUGCCUGUUGCUGCUCAUUAUGACAGAACUGGAGAGUAUCCUGUUCCCCUCAUAAAGAGGGCAUGGGAGCUUGGCUUAAUAAAUUCACAUAUACCAGAGAGCUGUGGUGGCCUUGGCCUUGGCAUCUUUGAUGCCUGCCUUAUUACUGAAGAAUUGGCUUAUGGGUGCACAGGGGUUCAAACAGCUAUUGAAGCAAAUUCUCUUGGUCAAAUGCCAGUCAUCAUUGCAGGAAAUGAGCAGCAGCAGAAGAAAUAUCUGGGGAGAAUGACUGAAGAACCCAUGAUGUGUGCCUACUGUGUAACUGAACCUGGAGCAGGCUCUGAUGUAGCAGGUUUGAAAACAAAAGCUGAAAAGAAGGGAGAUGAGUAUAUAAUUAACGGUCAAAAAAUGUGGAUUACCAACGGUGGCAAGGCUAACUGGUAUUUUCUCUUAGCUCGUACUACUCCUGAUCCUAAAACACCUGCAAACAAAGCUUUUACUGGAUUUAUUGUGGAAGCAGAUAGCCCAGGAGUCCAAAUUGGAAGAAAGGAGCUUAAUAUGGGUCAACGGUGCUCAGAUACAAGAGGGAUUGUUUUUGAGGAUGUGAGAGUGCCUAAGGAGAAUGUACUAAUUGGUGAAGGAUCUGGUUUCAAAAUUGCCAUGGGAGCAUUUGAUAAAACUAGGCCUCCAGUAGCAGCUGGUGCUGUAGGUCUAGCACAGAGAGCUUUGGAGGAAGCUACAAAAUAUGCCAUGGAAAGAAAAACGUUUGGAAAGGUACUCGCAGAGCACCAAACAGUGUCAUUCAUGCUGGCUGAAAUGGCAAUGAAAGUGGAACUUGCUCGCCUGGCUUACCAAAGGGCUGCAUGGGAGGUAGAUGCGGGUCGUAGAAAUACUUAUUAUGCAUCUAUAGCAAAGGGAUAUGCUGGAGACAUUGCAAAUCAAGUAGCUUCUGAUGCUGUCCAGAUCUUUGGAGGAAAUGGUUACAACAGUGAAUAUCCAGUAGAAAAGCUAAUGAGAGAUGCCAAAAUUUAUCAAAUAUACGAAGGAACUGCUCAGAUUCAAAGGUUGAUUAUAGCUCGUGAACACAUUGGCAAGUAUAAGGUCUGAGAGAAUACUGAAAUAACAUCAACAUCACUAAAAAAACAAAGGGCUUUGGUUCCUUGGCAUGCAUUAAUUCAAAUCCACAAAUGAUUGUAUCUUUGUCAGCUAUGUCAUCUUUGAUAUGGAAGAGAAGAUAUGUAGAAGUUGUAGGGGAAAAAAGCAUAACCUUACAAGCAGUAGGCAUUUUUUCCUCUCUGAUUAUCUGUUUUUAUAUCUGCAAAAUACAUAAUAAAUCUUGUCACGUAAUUCUUGAUACUAUUACUUGAAGAUAUCGUGAAAUAUGAUGUAACCUAUGCCUUAAUUAUUGCCUAAGAGUUAACUCUGUCUUCCAAAGUUUUUUUUUUCUUUGCAAACAUUUAACAGUUACCUGGGUUUUGAGGACUAAAUCUUCAUAUAUAUAGGAUUAAGAGUGAUGUCAGUUUAAAUAGGUUAGGGUCCUACCUCCACCAUCUAGAGACCAUGUAAUUGGGAAGACUUCUAGUCAGUCUUUUAUGGAAUAGGAGAACUUAUUGCGCAUUAUAUCUCACAGUUUACAUUGAUUCUUGUCAGUGUAUGGCAGUACAGAUAUAUGCUAAUAAAUGCCCAAUUUUAGCAUGCUCAAUAUUAUGUAUCCUACAAGUUCAUCAUACACGGUAAGAUAAUCAUUUGUACCAGGCCAGAGCAUAGAUUUUCCAUACUACAGCUGUCUAAAAUCACAGUAAGAUCUUAAACAGCAUAUACAGGAUAAUGUGGAAUCUACUUUUGUAAUGGACCCGAACUCUUUCUACUUGAUACCAUUAACCAUCUGAAUCCAUGUUCAUAUAAUAAACUAUAUUUUUGCUUGAUUACAGUAAGAAAUUACAACUUUCCAGAAACAAAAAUGUUCAGUUUAUAUAUACACAGUGUAAACUAGUCUUGUGAAUUUUGGCACUUUUGCAAAACACUGUUAUAUAUUAUGCAACAUGACCUGUGACUCUAGUUUGGAAGUUCUUAUUAGAAAAGCAUAUAACUUGAAUGGUUACUGUGCCUUUGCAUUUGAUUUUAACAGUCUCAUUGAAUGUAUGUUUUAUGGCAUUCAGAUACAAUGAAUGCUGCCAUGCAAUGUAAGAUUUUCACCAGUGUUAUGAGUACUGAAAUUAUUUUGGCUAAUUUUAGUCAAAUUAAAAAUAAACUGUUUGAAACUAGAAUGAUUAAUUUCCAA